AUGUCAGUAACAAUCGACAUCGAAGGAGAAUGUUGGGCCAUGGUCUCCAGUUAUGCACCUCAGGUGGGAUGCGAUGAUGAGAAGUUGAGUUUCUGGAGGGACUUGGACAGUGUUGUGCAAGGGAUAGAAGAUGGUGAGAGAAUAGUGAUUGCAGGGGGUCUGAACGGACGGUAUGAAGGUGUACACGGUGGACAUGGUAUCGGCAAUGUUAACCAAGAAGGUAUUGCAAUACUGGACUUUGCAACCGCAUAUGAAAUGAAGUUGGUAAAUACCAUGUUCACUAAGAUUCCAAACCACCUAUUGACUUACAAUAGUGGAGGCCACCAAAGUCAAAUAGGCUACAUAAUGGUCCAAAAGAAGUUUGUUAAGGAAGUAAUUGACUGUAAAACGCUGCCACUGGAGCAAGUCACAGCGCAGCACAGAACAUUGAAGGUGGGAAAAGAAACCUGGUGGUGGAAUGUGGAGACAGAAAAGGCAGUUUUGGAAAAGAAAAAUGCACCAAAGAGGUGGAAAACAUCGGGAAGAAAUGAGGACAAGGAAGAAUAUAAAAGAGUGAACAGAACUACAAAGAAGAUUGUAGCAAGAGAACAAAGAAAAGCAAUGGAUGAUUUAUAUGAGAAUUUGAACUCCACAGAAGGACAAAAAGACAUCUUUAGAUUUGCUGCAGAAAGGGACAAGAAGACGGAAGAUAUUGGACAAGUGGUGACAGUUAAGAGUGAAGAUAGAAGGAUACUAAAGGAUGAGGAGGAUAUCAAGAACAGAUGGAAGUGCAAGGCCCCUUUAGAGAGAUAA